CCAGCAUGCUGUUUUAUCCGUGAAGAUUAUUAAUGAGGAACGAAAACAGUUUCUGGUGGAUUUGGUAAUUGUUGGGUUUGAAAGUUGUCUAACAUUAGCUUUCUUGCUCGCCAGUUUAUAGCCUAGAAUUGCAGGUGGUGGGUUUCUGUUUUAGCUUGCUCUGUUCUCAUCAACAAAGAUCAUUAUCUGUUAGCCAGGUGCUAGAUGCCUAGCGCUAGCAGUACUCAAUUUAGUACAGACACAGGUCUACGGAGCAGACUAGUAGCUAAUUUGCUACAGCAUUAGCAAAGAGGCUAGUGCCAUAAAAUACCAUAAAAUGCACUUUCUGACAUGGUAAACACCGCAACAUUAUGAUAAUGUUGUGAAUAGAUCGCCGCUAUUGCUGGUGGUUUGUUUGUAAGUAGACUAGCAAGCUAGUUCCGAGUUUAUGGCUCUUAGUAGGCUUCAGCAUUUCGUAGUUUGGUUCAUGCAGACUUUUAUUGGUUCAUAAUUCUGAAGAAAUCAUUUGAUACGGCAACCUACUAUUACAUGUUUGUGUUGGAAGGGUGAUGGUCUAGCUCACGAGUUCAGUCAGCUUGGUAUUUUCUCCACGGAACUCAAAGAAAGAUGAAGGUUAACCAGACUGAGGUACUCAAGUCAACUAGAUGGAGAACACACCUGGAAAAAGUUAACAUAACCAAGAGGACUAAACAGUCCAAAACGAAUGGGGUUACUUUGAACUCCAUCCAAAUAAAAAAUGAACCAAGAAACUUUGAGCAGAAGGAAAUAGGUGACCGUUCCAAACUUUUCUUGCUGAAGAAGCAUGUCAAGCAACAUCAAACUACAUCCAACCAACCGACCCCGUGUAGUGAAAUAUCAUGGAGUCCUCUAGUGAUGCUAACAAGAUUGUCUAAGGUGGUGGUUAAGACUCUUCUGAGCGAUACUAAAGUGUGUUUAGUGAAGGAAGAGACAGAUGCCAGGAGGGGUGAAGACAACAGUGGAGUCUUGUCUCCUCAGUUCUUUCCUUGUCCACACUGCACCAUCUCCUUUACUGACUGUUACUUCCUGGAGAACCACAUCAAGACCAAACACCAGAAGCAGUACCUGGCCAUGUUGAAAAGCCAAGUCUCAAAGAGUAAAAGAGUGUACGGCCCCACACACAGCUGUCCCCACUGUAGCUGCAUGUUCCAUACACCACGACAGCUAGACAUCCACACCCGCCAGGCCCACCCCUCUGCCCGUCCCCAGAAACCUGCCCCUCCCCGGAGAACUGGUCGUCCCCACAGGGUUCAGGAGAAAUUCCACACCUGUCAGUGUGCCCGCAGAUUCCCGUACCUGGGCAGCCUGCUGAAGCACUGCAAGAAUUUGCACAAUAUGGCCGUUGUUCGCAUCGAUGGACACCUCAGUUGUGCGGACUGUGGGAAGAGCUUUGAGAAUUGCUGGGGACUGGGUCCUCACCGGUGUCACGAACCAGAGGACACUAAGCCUGUGAUAUGUCUGGAAGUUGGCUUCCAUUGCUCUGAGUGUGGCAAGAUCCUCACUACUCCUACGAGCUUGAACACUCACAUGCGCAUCCACACCAGAGAGAAGCCUUACGAAUGCAAGGAAGAUUCUCGAACGGCAGCUGUUUAGGCAAACACCUGCUGAUACACAAGGGGGUCAAAGAAUUCAAAUGCCAGAAUUGUGGGAAGGCUUUCGCCCAGGCAAACCUUCUGAGGAAUCACAUGACCGGUCACUCUGGUGAGAGAAAGUUCUCCUGCUCCCAUUGCGACAAGCGGUAUGCAUACAAGGGUAGUCUGGAGCUUCACCUGCGCACACACUCAGGGGAGAGACAUUUCAAAUGUACUGUGUGUGGUAAAGACUUUGCUGACAAAGAUUAUCUGAAGACACACCUGAAUAUUCACAACAACCAGAAAAACUACCAUUGUGGCGUUUGUGGGCGGGAGUUCAUAAGGCUUGGGUUAUUGAAGUUACACAUGCGCUCACACACCGGGGAGAGGCCCUACCACUGCACAGUGUGCGACAAGGAGUUUCUUAGACUCUCACACCUGAAGAACCAUCAUCUCACUCACACAGGUGAAAAACCAUACACCUGUACCGAGUGCGGUAAAAGCUUCACUCAGACUGGAGAUCUGACCAAACACAAGCGCCUCCACACUGGGGAGAGGCCAUUUGAAUGUUCUGAAUGCCACAGCAGGUUUAUCUGUUCAGGUUCUCUGACUCUGCACAUGAGGACCCACACUCACCGUGAAGUAAAGCCAUACUCCUGCCAAGAGUGUGGGAAGAGCUUUUAUGAACAGAGUCAUGUGAACGGCCACAUGAAAAUCCACAAGGGGAACCUUAUUCCUGUCCCCAAUUAUUUUUUUUGCUUUGUACGCAAGAGCAACCUCUCCAAUCACCUGCCUAGAUGUCUUUAACUUAAAUGCGUUAAACAUAUGAAUGAAUAGGAGGGGGAUUUGUUCCCUUUAGUGAUUGCUGCUUGACAGCAGAUGCAAACUGUACCCCUACUGUGUAUGUGUAACAGGGUUGGUUAUGUUUCCACUUGCCUCUAAAGAAAUGUGUAUUUGAUGUUCAAGCAUUCUUAUUGGUU